CCGGGGAAACGACAACUUGUCAUUGCAAUGCCAGUCAAACUGCGUGUACAUACAGCACAUGAGUUCAGCAUAGCUCCGAUCAGACGCUCUCAAUCAUCAGCAUGAUAGCCAUUGCUGGUCAAAUCCACUCAAGAAUCGACUCUUGCACAUGAGUCGUUGAGCAUUCCCGGGGCUUUGAAGAUGUGGAGAGAUCGUACCAAUCUAUACAUUUCAUACCGACACUCUUACGCACAUCAUCCUGCCAAAAGACCCAGGUAUCCAGCUGCUUCCAAUGGCUUCGCCGAUCAGGGUUCCGAGGAGACAAGAGGUCUUAUGUCCGCUGGGGCAUACGACAAUGAUGGCGACGCUGUUAUAGAGAUGGAUCUGCUUCCACCUCGCUGGAUCGAUGUGCAAGAUGAGAUCAACGAUAUUCUCAAGGACAUAACGCUCAAAGCGUCUAAGCUGGAAAAGCUCCAUUCUAAACACGUUCUACCGGGGUUUGACGACGAGUCUGUCAAGGCGCAGGAGGAACGAGAGAUCGAGCGCUUGACCACGGAGAUCACGAGAGGCUUUCAGCAAUGUCAAAAGGCUAUUAAGCGAAUCGAAGGUAUGGUCACAGAGGCGAAGCAGACAGGCAAUCUUCAGAAGGGAGACGAGGUCAUGGCACAAAACAUCCAAACUGCUCUCGCAUCGAGAGUUCAAGAAGUCAGUGCCACGUUUCGGAAGAAGCAAAGCACCUAUUUGAACAAACUCCGUGCACUAGGAGGCUUUGAAUCACCGAUAGGACGAUCUUCCACUCCUGUGCAGAACCCAUAUGCCGAUCCAGCGUUAAUGGAGUCCGAGGUGGACAAAAGGAUCAGUCAGUCGACACUACAACAAACCGCACAGAAGCGCUUGAGAAACAAUGACGCUGCCAUUGCUCAGAGGGAACACGAGAUCAACGACAUUGCUAAAGGUAUCAUCGAAUUGGCCGACAUUUUCCGUGAUUUGCAAGCAAUGGUUAUCGAUCAAGGCACUAUGCUGGACCGGAUUGACUACAAUGUUGAGCGCAUGGCAGUCGAUGUAAAGGGCGCCGAGAAAGAGCUCAUUGUAGCCACGAAUUAUCAACGCCGCAACACGAAACGAAAAAUCCUUCUGCUUCUUUUCUUGCUGGUCGUUGGCAUGUUUAUCCUACUGCUAUUCAAACCCAAGAAGCGAUCAUCGGUAACACCACCUGCUCCUCCUGCUCAGCCAGCAAAUCCACCCUAGACUAGCGGGCUAAACGACUUUCUUUGACACCGACCAUCCCCUCCUUCCACAGACCUAAGCGCUGUCACCCUCGACGGCCAAGAUCACCCCAGAGACAGACGAUAUACCAAAGCUUUUUACACCAGUCAGCUCGGGAAGGGAGCAUUCGACGGCUUCACAUUGGCUUCAUCGAUCGGCAUACCUUGCAUCAAGUACCCGAGGAUGGUGCUGACAAAGGGCAUACUAGAGGGACUUCAUCCAUUGCGGAUCUGCGCGAGCUCGGGCGCUCCACCAGCCGCGUCCAGAUGUAUCCGCAGCCCAUUGAAACCUCAACUACUCUAGAGUGCCGACUUGGAAGGCCAUCGCUGUACACACAGCUGAAUGUCUUUUUCUGACUAGAAGUCCCUCUUCACGGCGUCUCUCCCGCCCAGGUCCCAGCUGGGUUAUCGGAUAUUGAACUGGGACACAUCUCCCUUCCACAUCGAUUCAAGCUUACGACAACAGGGUCGGGAUCAAAAGAAAGGUCAAGUGAAAAAGGAUCAGAAACUCUGUUGCUCUUUCCGCCAAAGGCUGAGCAGUAGGGACUUUUGGACUUCCUACUAAGGAAUACUAGCGAGAGCUGAGGUCGCACAGUUCUUUGGCCCGACCGAUGUUGUACAUCGCAUACUCAGGGCUUCAGGAUCAAUGACAAGCAAGGACGAGAGUGAGGACUUGCAUUUAGAGCGGAAUUUCUCGAUAGAAUUAUCCAGUCUCUGUACUUUUAAUGCCUAU